GGAGGAGGACACGGCUCUGGGAUAUUACGACGACGAAGACGAUCUGGAGGCGUUUUCAGAUGCAGAGUUAGGCUGUGAGGACGGAGGGGUUCACUUGCUGCUCAGUCUGUGAGUGGGUCAGGAGUGCAGAGUGAUGAAGUGAGUCUUUGAGACAGAGGUUAGAGAAGUGGGUUGCCAGCAGGAUAAAUCUGCCCCUUCCUCAUUCCCAUCACUAAGCAAAGCUGUUAACCUCCAGUAGCUUCAGUGAGGCUGCUCAGUGGCCAACAGGACUACUUUCAGGUGUGACUGAGUGUAAGGGUCAGUGUUGGGCUUCAGUGACUCACUGAAUGGAGAGGUCAAACCUCGCAUCCUGCUGAUGGGCCUGCGGAGGAGUGGGAAGUCCUCAAUUCAGAAGGUGGUUUUCCACAAAAUGUCCCCUAAUGAGACCCUGUUUCUGGAGAGCACCAACAAGAUCUGCAGGGAAGACGUCUCCAGCAGCUCCUUCGUCAGCUUCCAGAUCUGGGACUUCCCUGGCCAGAUCGAUUUCUUCGACCCCACCUUCGACUAUGAAAUGAUCUUCAGAGGCACCGGAGCACUGAUCUUUGUCAUCGACUCACAGGAUGACUAUGUGGAGGCUCUGAGUAGACUGCAUCUCACAGUGACCAGGGCUUACAAAGUCAAUCCAGACAUCAACUUCGAGGUGUUCAUUCACAAAGUGGACGGCCUGUCAGACGACCAUAAGAUCGAGAAGCAGAGGGACAUUCACAAACGUGCAAAUGAUGACCUUGCAGAUGCAGGUCUGGAACGAAUACACCUGAGCUUCUAUUUAACCAGUAUAUACGAUCACUCCAUAUUUGAGGCUUUCAGUAAAGUGGUCCAGAAGCUCAUCCCACAGCUGCCCACGCUGGAGAACCUGCUCAACAUCUUCAUAUCUAACUCAGGUAUCGAGAAGGCCUUCCUGUUCGAUGUGGUCAGUAAGAUUUACAUCGCCACAGACAGCAGUCCGGUGGACAUGCAGACAUACGAACUUUGUUGUGACAUGAUCGAUGUGGUCAUUGACAUCUCCUGCAUCUAUGGUCUGGCUGACAGUGAAGCUGGGUUGCCCUAUGAUAAGGAGUCUAUGGCCAUCAUCCACCUGAACAACACUACAGUCAUGUACCUGAAAGAGGUCACCAAGUUCCUCGCCAUGGUCUGCUUCCUCCGCAAGGAAAGCUUUGAGAGGAAAGGACUGAUUGACUAUAACUUCCACUGCUUCAAGAAAGCCAUUCAGGAGGUUUUUGAUGUCCGAGUGAAGGUUCAACAGAAUCGUAAACUCCUCAGUCAGAGGAGAUGGAGCAAACUGACUAUGACCAAUGGAGUGCUCAACAACCAACAUUGAAGACUGGCAGCCAAAUGUACCUGAACUGCACUCUGACAAAUACAGUAGACUCAAUCUUCAUUUACAGGAACAUCAACCUUUUGAUCUUACUUGGAAUCCACAUCUAAAGUGAUACAUGCAGUAAGCACUGCUGAAGCAUUCUGUACAUUCAGUCUACAACUGAACCUGCGUUCACUGUCUAUGUCCACAGAACCAGCUGUCUGUCUUGUCAGCAGCAGCUCCUGACAAGCUGAGAGUACAGCAGGAGGACAAAUUGUCUUCACAGUAUACAGGAAGAAACUCAUUCAUUUAUUUUAUUUGUUGUCCCCCUGUAGUGGUUGGGGGGAAUCUACCUACAGCAUAUUGAAAUCAGAAAACUCAUAGCAAAACUGGGGAUCUUGAUCAAUCAUUAUAGAUACUGUUAAUAAUGCUUAUAAACAGCGGCUGCUAGAGAUUACACUUCACUAAAUGCACCAUAGAAAAAAUAUAGACUCGGGGCGAAAAGAAAAAAAAACGCAGGGAGUCCUGCAGUGAUGCAUGUGUCUGGGAGGCAGUGUGGAUUGUUACACUCUAUAAAAUGGAAGCUUAUCUGUUCUGUGAGACAGUGAAUGACACUUUGUGUAUGAAUUCCCUUUAAACACCAAAUCACUCCUGAGUCUCUGUGGAGAGCAGUGACUGCAGUGCUCCAUGUACACACUGUUAUUAGUGUGUUGGUUUCAUCUGUAUGGCUCACCUUUCAUCACUGUUUGAGUCAAUCUGAGAGGCAUUAUGAGCAGUUAACACCCUUAAAGGUAUAUUAUGCAGGAUUUUCCUAGAAAAUAAUAUAUAGACUCAUACAAAAGUAAUCCCCUCAUGGCUUUGUU